CUGCUUCUUCGUACCCCCCCCCACCCCCCCUCUCCCAGCCCACCCCCCCCCCCCCACCCAUGCCGGCAGCACCCACCUCUGCCCGCUGUCACCUUGGCUUUGCCCCGUUGGCUACCGAAGGCCGGGGGCCAGUAGCCAACUGCCGGCAUGGGGCCCGCUGAGGAGCUGGUCCGGAUUGCCAAGAAAUUGGAUAAGAUGGUGGCCAGGAAGAGCACGGAAGGGGCACUGGAUCUCCUCAAGUCCCUCACCAGCUACACCAUGACCAUCCAGCUGCUCCAGACCACCCGGAUCGGGGUGGCUGUCAACUCGGUGAGGAAACACUGCUCAGAUGAGGAGGUGGUGGCCUCAGCCAAGAUCCUCAUCAAGAACUGGAAGAGGUUGCUGGAGUCCUCUGCCCCCCCAAAGAAGGAGAAGGACGUGGAUGGGAAGAAGGAGAAGGAGACGGAUGGGGAGAAGAAGGAGAAGAAGGGGCUGGAAUUUCCCAGCUGCCCCAAAGAAGGGGUGAAGCACCCCAAGAGCCCGGCCGAGAAGCAGAAGGAGAAGCACAAGGAGAGGAAAGCCAGCAGGUCCAGCUCCAGUGCCACCACCCCUGGAGGCCACCCUGGUGACUCCAUCCCAGAGAGAGAGUCCAGGGAUGGCAGGAGCCCCACUGUGUCCUUGAAGAAAUCAUCUUCAGAUGGCAAGAAAGAGAGGUCCUCCAGCACCUCUGCCAUCUCCUCCUCUGCCUCCCCACAGAAGAGACCAUCAGGGGAGAGGAGAGCUUCUCUGGGCAGCAGCCCCUUGCCAGCUCCUUCUGCUUCCCGGAGAAACUCCAGUGACAGCAAAGAGGAGAGAGUCAACAGCAGCAAGGGCAAAGCAGAGACCCCCCGGCCCCCCAGCAGCCCCAGCUUCUCCCCCAGCCCCUGUCUCCUGGCCCCCUGCUACCUCACUGGGGACUCAGUGAGGGACAAAUGCAUCGAGAUGCUGACGGCUGCUCUGAGAAUGGAGGAUGACUACAAGGAGUUUGGUGUCAACUGCGAGAAGAUGGCCUCAGAGAUCGAAGAUCAUAUUUUCCAGGAGCUGAAGAGCACGGAUAUGAAAUAUCGGAACCGGGUGAGGAGCAGGAUCAGCAACCUGAAGGACCCCAAGAACCCCAACCUGAGGAGGAACGUGCUGUGUGGGGCCAUCCCACCCAGCCUCAUCGCCCGCAUGACUGCUGAGGAGAUGGCCAGUGAUGAGCUGAAGGAGCUGAGGAAUGCCAUGACCCAGGAAGCCAUCCGGGAGCACCAGAUGGCCAAGACGGGCGGCACCGUCACCGACCUCUUCCAGUGCGGGAAGUGCAAGAAGAAGAACUGCACCUACAACCAGGUGCAGACCCGCAGUGCUGAUGAGCCCAUGACCACCUUCGUGUUGUGCAAUGAGUGCGGGAACCGCUGGAAGUUCUGCUGAUGGCACCCAGCGAUGGGGCUGGAGGGGACGUGGAGUGACCUGGGACACUGGGACAGCCACACCGAGCAACUGGGAUGGGGUGGGAGGGUGACCAGGGCAGCACUGGUCCCCAUACCCCAGCUCCCCAUUUCCUUGCACUGGGCUCCCCCCAAACCCCCAGGACAGAGGCUGCUGGGGAAUUGGAGUGGUUCCACCCCACAAGUCCCUUUGCUUGAGUUGUGCUGGGAAUCCACUGGGAAGGAACCCAUCCCUGGAGAGGGAAACUGGUCUGACCUGGACAGCUUGCUCUUCCCUGGGAGAAACCUUGGUUUGAGCCCCAGACACCUCCUUCCUCACCUGGGCACCCAGAGGGCCACGAUGCUGGGGAGAUGCCACCCCCUCCCUCGUGUCUGUGACAGUCACAGGGCACUGUGUCCUCCAGAAAAGAAAAAGGGAUGAGGGAGAGAGAGGGCUGGGGAAGGACCUCCCAGCUGGAGCAAUAAAGGUGUGAGUUGCCCCUGGGCACAGCUUUGCUUUCUGAA